UAAGCGUGCGUGCUAGAGAACGAGCGAGUGUGGAGGUCAGAGAAAACUGGAAAGCAAGAGAGUCUGGGAGUGCUGACAUACGCUGACUGCAUCAUCAUCAGAUUAAUCAAAUGUCACAGCUAGGCUAAACCAAGUCAUUAACGGGAUCGGAAAAUACCAAGAAACACACGCGAAUAGCGGGAGCAGGGAAACACAAGCAAGAGAAGUGGAAAUCCGUUCCGAAAGUGUAAUAUGAACACAGACGAGAACAGGGCAUUGGAUUUUGUUCCUCAGAAAGAGAUUGUCUACAACAAACUCCUGCCUUACUCGGACAGAUUAGACCAAGAAUCCAAUGAAAUAUUGGCCAAGAUCAAAAACAACCUGGGUCGAGCUGUCCAGCUAAAGGAAUUAUGGCCUGGAGUGUUAUUUUGGACCAGAAAACUUUCCACGUAUAUUCGACUUCAUGGAAGAAAAUUUAGCAAAGAAGAUCAUAUAUUGUUUAUUAAGCUGCUAUAUGAAUUAGUGACCAUUCCCAAACUGGAAAUUAGUAUGAUGCAAGGAUUUGCACGUCUGUUGGUCAAUUUACUUAAAAAAAAAGAACUUCUUUCAAGGGAAGAUUUGGAGCUGCCAUGGUUUCCCCUAUAUGAAAUGUUAGAAAGGAUUCUCUAUUCUAAAACUGAACAUCUUGGGCUGAACUGGUUUCCAAAUUGCAACAGACCAGAUUCAUCUUCCUGUAAAACUUUUGUUCUAAAUGUUUUGCAAAGGUGUUCUGUUGAAAAUGUACUGAAAACGCUUGUUAAAAGCUGCAGGCCGUAUUUCCCAAAAAAUGCUACACUAGAGAUGCUUCAGGAAUGGAGACCAUUAAUGUGUCCAUUUGAUGUGACAAUGCAGAAGGCAAUAAGUUAUUUUGAACUGUUUCUUCCAACUACUUUGCCACCAGAACUUCACCAUAAAGGUUUCAAACUUUGGUUCGAUGAACUAAUAGAUCUUUGGGGAUCAGUGCAAAAUCUUCCAGGAUGGGAAGGAAAUUUGGUUAACCUUUUUGCACGGUUGGCCAGUGAUACUAUAGGAUACAUAGACUGGGAUCCAUAUAUUCCAAAAAUAUUUACCAGAAUACUCAGAAGCCUGAAUCUUCCAGUUGGAAGCAGCCAAGUUUUAGUUCCAAGAUAUUUAACCAAUGCCUAUGAUAUAGGCCAUGUAGUAAUAUGGAUCUCCUCAAUGCUGGGAGGACCUAGCAAGCAAGCACAAAGAAAGCUGAGUGGCUUGUUUAACAGCAUUACCUCUUUUUACCAUCCAUCCAAUAACGGUAGAUGGCUGAUGAAGCUGAUGAAACUGUUGCAAAGGCUGCCUGCUAGUAUAGUAUGGAGACUUCACCGAGAACGAUUCAAGAAACCAUCUUGGCUAACACCUGUCCCAGAUAGCCAUAAGCUGACAGAACAGGACAUUACAGAUUUUGUGGAAUGUAUGAAACAGCCUGUUCUGUUAGCAAUGUUCAGCAAAACAGGAAGUUUGGAAGCAGCUCAUGCAUUGCAAAACCUAGCUCUAAUGAGGCCAGAGCUUGUCAUACCUCCAGUUUUAGAAAAAACCUACCCUGCUUUGGAAACCCUGAUAGAACCUCAUCAGCUUACAGCCACUCUCAGCUGUGUGAUAGGAGUGGCUCGCAGCCUGGUUUCUGGAAGCAAAAGAUUCCCUGAAGGUCCCACACAUAUGCUGCCAUUACUGAUGAGAGCUCUUCCUGGUGUCGAUCCAAAUGACUUCAGCAAAUGCAUGAUAACAUUCCAAUUCAUUGCAACUUUUGCAACUCUUGUGCCUUUGGUAGAUUGUUCAUCAGCCAUACUUGAAAGAGAUGACCUCAGUGAAGUGGAAAGAGAGCUGUGCUCAGCCACUGCGGAAUUUGAGGACUUUGUUUUGCAGUUUAUGGACAGAUGUUUUGCACUAAUUGAAAGUAGUACCCUUGAACAGACAAGAGAAGAGACAGAGACUGAAAAGAUGACUCACUUAGAGAGUCUAGUAGAACUUGGGCUGUCUUCCACCUUUAGCACUAUCUUGACGCAGUGCUCCAAAGACAUUUUCAAGGUGGCACUGGAAAAAGUGUUUAACUUUGCCACUACAAAUAUCUUUGAAACCCGAGUUGCUGGGAGAAUGGUAGCUGACAUGUGUCGUGCAGCUGCUAAGUGUCACCCUGAAGAAUCUUUGAAGCUGUUUGUGCCACAUUGUUACAAUGCAAUAACUCAUCUCACUGUCAAUGAAGAUGUCUUGCAUGAAGAAGAGCUGGACAAAGAAUUACUCUGGAAUUUGCAGCUGCUGUCUGAAAUCACACGUGUAGAUGGUGACAAACUGCUACAAUACCGUGGUCAGCUUGUACAGAUACUGCAACAAACUCUCUACUUGAAAUGCAAGCAGGGUUAUACGCUGUCCUGCAACUUGCUCCACCACCUUCUUCGCUCUACUGCUCUUAUUUAUCCAACUGAAUACUGUAGCAUCUCAGAGGGUUUUGAUAGGCCUCUUUCUGAGUACUUUCCAAUUAAGGAUUGGGGUAAACCUGGAGACCUCUGGAACUUGAAUAUUCAUUGGCAUGUGCCAACAAAAGAGGAAAUAUCAUUCAUUUUUUAUGUGCUUGAUACUUUCCUCCAGCCAGAGCUGGUCAAGCUACAACGUCAUGCAGAUGGAGAGUUUGAAAUGUCAAGGGAUGACAGACUUCAAAGCCUCACGAUUAUCCAGCACUGCCUUAUGGGCUCUGGAAGCCUUCUCCCUUCUUUAAAUGGUGAAAAAAUCACUGACCUAGUACCAAGCUUGGUGAGUUUGGAAGAGACCAGCCUUUACAUGGGAAUUGACUUUGAUUUGUCAAGAGAGAACUACAGGCAAGCUAUUUCGAGAGUCUUGAGGAGCCUCCUGCAUCACAUACUGGAAAACUCUGAGGAUGACACAAAGUCAUUAUUUCUGAUAAUUAAGAUAAUUGGAGAUUUGCUACAUUUUAGAGGAUCUCAUAAGCAUGAAUUUGACUCUCGUUGGAAAAGUUUUAAUCUUGUCAAGAAGUCCAUGGAGAACAGGCUGCAUGGAAGAAAAAAGCACAUCCGAGCACUGCUGAUUGACAGAGUCAUGCUUCAGCAUGAGUUAAGAAAACUAACGGUGGAAGGAUGUGAAUACAAGACUAUUCACAGAGAUCUUCUGAAGGAUCUUCUGUGUUUGUCAACAAGUGCAUACAGCCAGGUUCGAAGCAAAGCCCAGCAAGUUUUCUUCACAGCCCUUGGUACUUACAAUUUUUGCUGCAGGGAUGUAAUUCCACAAGUGCUAGAAUUUCUGAAACCAGGAAGGCAGGAUAUAACCCAACAACAGUUCAAGGGUGCUUUGUACUGUCUUCUGGGAAAUCAUAAUGGAGUCUGCCUUGCUAAUCUUCACGAUUGGGAUUGCAUAGUACAGACUUGGCCUGCUAUUGUCUCAUCUGGUCUUAGUAAAGCCAUGUCUUUGGAAAAGCCAUCAAUUGUCCGUUUGUUUGAUGAUCUGGCAGACAAAAUUCAUCGACAGUAUGAAACCAUUGGACUAGAUUUCAAUGUGCCUGAAAGAGCCAUUGUAAUAGCUGCUCAGAUCAUUAAAUCAAAAAGUCCUCAUUUGGAUCUUCUGCCUCCCAGUGUGGAUGAAGUUGAGAAUGGAAAUCAACAGUAUCGCUUAAAAAACAAAGAAGCUGAACAGAAGUAUGAAAAGUUAAUUAAUUAUCUGCUGGACUGCCUCAAUCAGAGAAAUCUCCCUUGGAAGUUUGAGCACAUUGCCAUUGGUUUUUUGUCAUUGUUGCUGCGAGAUGAUCAUCCUCUUCCAGUCCAAGCAAUCAGAUUUUUUGUGCAAAGUUUGAACCAUGAUGCUCUAGUUGUCCGUAAGAUGUCCAUCUCGGCUGUUGCAGGGAUUUUGAAGCAACUGAAGAGACCUCACAAAAAAAUUAAAAUAAAUCCUUAUGAACUCAGUGGGGUAAGUGAACCUUCAGAAAUCCUUGCUGGAGACAGGCAAGACAAUCAGUGGGUAAAGUACAACAGUAGCAGACUUCCAAAAACCAGAAAAGACUGGGAAGCUUGUCACUUUGUAGAGAAGACACACUGGGGAUACUACUAUUGGCCUUGCAAACUACUAGUAUAUGCUCCACCCGAGGAACAACCAAAGCUUGGUCGGAAAAGAGAAGAACUGACAGAGGGGGAACAGAUCAUUUAUGAACACUUUUCUGAUACAAAGUUCAUUGAACAGUUGAUAAACUUUCUGUCAUUAGAGGAUAGAAAAGGAAAGGAUAAAUUCAAUCCAAGGAGAUUUUGUCUCUUUAAGGGGUUAUUUAGAAAUUUUGAUGAUGCCUUCUUACCUAUACUCAAACCACAUUUGGAACGCCUGGUAGCAGAUUCCCAUGAGAGUACACAACGCUGCGUUGCAGAGAUCAUAGCUGGCCUUAUUAGAGGCUGCAAGCACUGGACUUUUGCAAAGGUGGAAACUCUUUGGAAAUUACUGUGUCCAUUAAUCCGAACAGCAUUAUCCAAUAUCACAGUGGAGACUUACAGUGACUGGGGAACGUGCAUUGCAACAGCUUGUGAGAGCAGGGAUCCUCGAAAAUUGCAUUGGCUUUUUGAAAUGCUAAUGGAGUCACCAGUUAAUGGAGAAGGUGGUUCUUUUGUAGAUGCCUGUCGACUUUAUGUCCUCCAAGGGGGACUGGCUCAGCAAGAAUGGAGAGUCCCUGAACUUCUUCACAGACUUCUUCAAUAUCUGGAACCCAAACUCACCCAAGUAUAUAAAAAUGUCAGAGAAAGAAUUGGAAGUGUUCUGACGUACAUCUUUAUGAUUGAUGUGUCACUUCCUAAAACACUGCAAACAUCAUCUCCGCGUAUAUCAGACUUUACAUCCCGAAUUCUUGUGAAGUUGAAACCUCUUAUGGAUGCAGAUGAGGAGAUUCAAAAUCAUGUUGUUGAGGAGAAUGGAAUUGGAGAACAAGAUGAAAGGACACAAGCCAUUAAACUAUUGAAGACUGUUCUCAAAUGGCUCAUGGCAAGUGCAGGCAGAUCCUUCUCUACAGCUAUUGAGGAGCAGCUUCAUCUCCUUCCACUGUUGUUUAAGAUUGCUCCUGUGGAGAAUGAUGACAGUUAUGAUGAGCUGAAGAGAGAUGCCAAGACUUGCUUGUCACUUAUGUCUCAGGGGCUUCUGUAUCCACACCAAAUACCAUUGGUGCUGCAAGUUCUCAACCAGACAGCGGGAAGUAGCUCCUGGCAUGCUAGAUACACUGUACUCACCUACCUCCAAACAAUGGUGUUCUACAACCUUUUUACCUUUUUGAAUGAUGAAGAAACAGUGAAGGAUGUUCAGUGGCUGGUUAUCAGACUACUUGAAGAUGAACAGCUCGAGGUAAGGGAGAUUGCCGCCACCACACUCGGUGGCCUGCUACAGUGCAACUUCUUGAACAUGGAUGCUUCCAUGCAGACUCAUUUUGAGAAACUCUGUAAAACUCGCCUUCCAAAAAAGAGAAAGAGAGACCCUGGGGCAGUGAUGGACACCAUUCCUCCAGCAGACCUGGUUAAACGCCAUGCGGGGGUCCUAGGAUUGAGUGCCUGUAUAUUGUCAAGUCCUUAUGAUGUACCAACUUGGAUGCCCCAACUUCUGAUGGAUUUGAGUGUACACCUUAAUGACACUCAGCCAAUUGAGAUGACUGUCAAGAAGACCCUUUCAAAUUUCCGAAGAACACAUCACGACAACUGGCAGGAGCACAAGCAGCAGUUUACGGAUGAUCAGCUGCUGGUUCUCACGGACUUGCUGGUGUCCCCGUGCUAUUAUGCAUAACAAAUCUGAGCGCACUUGGUAUGCGCUGAUGGUGGAUGACGAACCUGCAUGCAAUAACUAUGAAGUUUUUAUGGACUUCUCAUUUCCCAGUUGUUUAAAUCAGUUUAGAGUUUGUACGCAUUUUAUUCCCCAUUCAAAGGGUUUAAACAAGUUAACUGCUCAUGUUUUAAAGUUGUACAUUUUUAUAAUGAUGAAAAGUUACGUUUGUGACAAAAAGUAGCACUCUUCCAGAAAGUAAAUGUUUUCAAAAACACAACUUUUUUUUUUUUAAGAAACAUAAAGGAUUUGUUUGUUUUUUUUUUUGGUUUUAUUUUUCGAUGCUCUAUGAAUAGACACUUGAAGAGCAGCAUUUUUACUUUUUGUUUUUUAAAGUAACGAGAACUUCAGACAGUAAAAUGUUUCCUUUCACAUUUGUUCAGCUAAUCAGUUUGUUAGCAGCAUAAGCUUCAUAAAUUCUUCCUUGGAAGAGCGGCUUUUAAAUUAACAUUUCUUUCUUGAGGCAGUCUAUCUUUGUCACUGACCAAAACAUUUUAAGUUCUUGAAAUGAGAAAUUUGUAUAUGCAUUUAGCAACAACCUUUACAUUUCUCAUAUACUUAAUAUUUAAGGUUAACAUUAGCAGGGACUUUAGUCUGCCAAGUUUGUAAUAUUCUUGUACAGUGUUUGCUUGCAACAUUUCUCAGGCUGCUGAAUGAUGAUGCCAUCAGCUGGUUCUUUUUCAUAUUAUGUGUUAUGUAUAGGUGUAAAAGAACUUGUACAAACUGUAGAAACCUAGCACUAGCCAAAUAUAUUGUACAAAAAUGUAAUCUUUACAAAAUGAACAUCUGAAUGAUACAUUAGUGUAAAGAGUUACAUUAGUUAGUGGUGUAAACUAUAUAGUGGUUAUGUGAAAUAUUUUCAUAUGCCAGGAAUAAUUAGUUGGUUUGGCUGCUUUUAAUUUAUUUAUCAUACUGAGGAUUGAUUUUUGUUUUUUUGAUUUUGUUUUUUGUUUUUUACUCAUCAAGUAUAAUUACAUUUACACAUGCAUUUGGCGUGGAGUUUGAUGUGCAAGUCAGACACGAUUGCAGAAAAUGGCACUGAUGCUCUGUUUUUUGCUUUCUUCGUUAAAAGUGGUGCUUAAGCAAAUGAAAGCAAAUUAGGGCUCUUCCAUCUAUUUCAUGUGUUUAUUUUAAAUUAAGUAAGUUGAGUAAGUUUUUCCUUAAAACCCUGAAGUAUCUAACCACUAUAUAGGGUAGUGCCAAAAACUGCAGUGAAGAUUAUAGAUGUAAUGUUGAAUGAUUCAAUAAAAAAAUGCCAAUAAAUGGAUUGUUUGUAU